AUGGAUAAUGAUACUAUUAAUUUUGACAAUGAAUCCAUAGCAAAACAUUUGUACGAGAUUAGUUCUGGUGUCUCUAACAUAUCUCCUACGAUUGAUUUGAAAAUUAGUACCAAUAAGAGCUUCGUAAUCUCAAUUCUGGGUGUCAGUAAUCCUACAAAAUGGUUGGCAAUCAGAAAGUCUCUGCAGAAAUCUGGUCUAAAAUAUGAACUAAUCGAACUAAAUGCUGUUUAUUUCAAUGACGAUGUUAAACUGCUUAAACAGUUCCUGAGUGAUAUUGAAAAAAUUUGUGGUUGUAUCCCAACAACCAAUCUAAAUCUUCUUUCCUACAAACAGAGAUUAACUGCGUGUUUGGACAUCUUGCAAAAGGUUGAUAAAUUCGUAGUGCUAGUGCUUCUGAACGCAGAUAAGUGCGUUAAGGCUCAUAAAAGAGGAAAGGUAAGUAAGCAGGUCUUCCUUUACACAUUAGUGGAUUCCAUUGUUGUUAAUUCGCCAAUAGGCAUAAUAUUUGAUAACAGUGAUCUGCUAUUCACUGAUAAAUUGGAGAAGAGGGUUAAAUCAAGAUUCAUUUCAAAUUGUGAGUUUGCCACUCCAAUCACCAAGGAUAGAAUAUCCAAAUUGGCAAUGUCAGCAAAAUUAGAUAGCGGCGAAUUGAAUAAAUAUUACGAUUUAAUGACAUUGCAUGGCUAUGAUGGUAUUACUGUUAUGAAACAAAUUUUUUAUUCAAAAUUGUCAGACACCGCACUAUCUAUGCCGUUUUCACAGAAAGAUUAUAUACUGAAAAUACUACAGACACUUGGCAUAUACGAACAUUUGGUGCUAAUCUGCUUGGUGUCAUUUCAUUUGGAGAUGAAAAGCCCCAAAACCCUGUUUAUGAUAUAUGACGAAGUUAAACGACUGUACAGAUUGGAUAAUGAACAACUACCACCUUUUCAAACGAUAACACGUGCCUUUAUUGGAUUAAUCCAACAAACUGUGCUAGAAUGGUCGCUUGCUGAAUCCAAAACAUUCGUUUCAAUUUCUAACACUCCGUGCAGAUUUCCGAUGCACAGGAUAUAUAAAAGCAUGGUUUUAAAUGGAGAUUUGAAGGUCCAAACUAAGAUGAUCAAGUGGAUAAGUUAG